AUCCGAGCCCACCUCACAUAUCUUUGCAAGCACAUGGAGAUGACUUUCCUCGAUACCAUUUGAAAGGCUGAAAUUGCUCAUCUCCUCCCCGUCUUACGCCACUUGACAUCUUUAGCAUUUAGCAAAUCAAAGGAUGCUGCCCUGGCUAUAGAGAAAAAAGGAAAGGAUGGAGCCCCAACCCCGGCCUCCUCCGACUCCGUUAUCGCCACGGACACGUCAGCUCACUGAUUUUACUCAGCCUGACUGGAAGCACGACGUGUUUGUUAGCUUCAGGGGAGAGGAUACGAGAAAGGGUUUUGCGUCCCACCUCUUCCACGCCCUAAUCCAGGCAGAUAUCCGCUGCUACCGGGACAUUGAGCGGGCAGAGAGGGGGCAGGUGGUGGGACCUAUGCUCAUUAGCGCAAUCCAUCACUCCCGAAUCGCUAUCAUCAUCUUCUCCACCAACUAUGCCGACUCCAAGUGGUGCCUCCAGGAACUCGUCGAGAUUCUCAAUUGUAACGAGAUGUACAGAGAUCAUGGCCACGAGGUAAUACCUAUUUUCUACAACGUGGAGCCCUCCGAAGUUCGGAACCAGUCGGGGAAGUUUGGGGAAGUAUUCAAUAGGAGUUCGGCCAAGGACCAGCCGGAAAACGAGGCUUGGAGAGUUGCCCUCAGAAAGGCUGGGACCAUUUCAUCUUGGCAUGUGGGCAAUGACGCAAGGGACGAAGCAGAAUUCAUUGGGCUCGUUGUGGGCGACCUUUCCAACAGAGUUUUCUAUUUUCGGUCUCCCUAUUUUACGAACAAUGCAGUGGGAUUAGAUCACAAUGUUAAACAUUUAAUCUCUAAGUUGAACAUCGGGAGUGAUGAUGUCUGUAUGGUCGGGAUAUAUGGUACGGAAGGUAUAGGGAAAACUGCAAUUGCGAAAGCUAUCUGCAGUCGUCUUUAUAACAAAUUUGAAGGUGUCAGCUUACUUAAGGAUAUUCGACAUGCGGACGAGGAACAAAAACUUGUUAACCUACAGAGGCAACUCCUUCAGGAUAUCUUAAAGAUAAAACAAGUCAUGUUGUCGGACCGAAAAAAGCACAACAUGCGUGAGAUUAGGAUACGGCUGUCUCAAAAGAAGCUACUUCUCGUUCUCGAUAACUUAGACAAGAAGGAACAGCCAUACUUUUUUACAGGAGAACGGGAUUUCCUCGGACCUGGAAGUAGAAUUUUGAUAACCACGAGAGAUGAGCAACUGCUGGAUGACCUCGGAGUCCAUGAGAAGUUCAUGGUCCCGGGAUUGAAUCCACAGGACUCGCUUCAACUCUUCUUUCAUCAUGCAUUUGAUCAGGGCCAUCCCAAGGAAGGUUAUGAAGAAUUGUCCAGAGGUCUUGUUCAUUAUGCCGGAGGGAUCCCGUCAGCAAUUGAGACUUUCACCGAUUUUCUUUCCGGGAAAGUGAAAGAUGAAUGGUAUCAGAUAAUCGAGAAGUUGGUCAAAAAUCCUUGCCUUGAUUCACUUGGAGUAUACCUGACAUCAAUUUCUCCGAUCGUACCCUUCAAAUCUGUUGGUCCAUGUGGAGGUUCUGGUGAACCUUUUGAUGACGGAGCACAUACCACUGUCAGGAAAAUCUUUGUCCUCUUAGGAUCUGUGACGCGUUCGAUCACUGUGAUGCGUUCGAUCACAAUAGAGUACGAUGAUGAUGGAUCUUUGGUUCGUUCGUGUCAGCAUGGUGGAUACGCUCCUGAUUCUAGCAUAGUUCCCCAGGUUGCACUAGAUUAUCCAAAUGAGUUCUUGAUUUCAAUCUCAGGAUACAUUGCAGAAAAUUGUGGUUUUAGAGUAAUCCGGUCACUCAAGUUCCAUAGUAACAGACGAAUGUAUGGACUGUUUGGUGAAGAAGCGGGAACAGCUUUCACCAUUCCCCCAGUCGAUAAUGGACGGAUCAUCGGAUUUUUCGGAAAAUGUGAUAGUAACUUUUUUGUUUCCAUUGGAGCUCAUUUUGGACCCGUUCCCCAUCCAUGUCCAUUCAAUUACAUAACACACUUUGACAGUGAAAGUGAAACCUGGGAUGACAAAAAGCAUAUGGAUAUAAGGCAAAUCGAUGUGGUGUCCUCUGUUUCAGUGAUCGAGUCCAUCAGCAUCUUAUAUGAUAAUUAUGGGCAUCCACUUGGUCCCUUCACACACGGUAGAGCUGCCGGAGGCAGAAAACACACUAUUAAGCUGGACUAUCCGUAUGAGUAUUUGACAUCUAUAUCUGGAUAUAUAGAUAAAAUAUCAGGUAAAGAACGAGUCCGAUCUCUCACAUUUCAAAGCAACAAGAGGAAGUACGGACCCUUUGGAGAAGAAAACGGAAGGCAUUUUCCAGUCCAAUGGAACAGUGGGAAGAUUGUGGGAUUCUUUGGAACAGUUACUGAUGAUUCCCAGCUCGAGUCCAUCAGAGCGCAUCUUGAACCAGUUUCUCAUAUACAUCCCUUCAGGAACGCUGGUCCAUUUGGAGACAAAGGUGGUCGCCAGUGGGAUGAUGGAAAUGAUAGCAAUUUAAGGAAAAUAGUUCUUUCUUGGGGACGGGUCAUUAAUUCCAUCAUGUGUGUAUAUGAGAAAGAUGGGAUCAUCGCGGAAGGACUCAGACACGGAGGAACUAGUGGAUCAAAUGAAUCUACAAUCGAAUUAGAUUACACAAAUGGUGAAUACAUUAGCAUGUUGUCCGGAUAUUAUGGAAAAGUGGAGGAUGUCAAUGUUAUUAUAUCUCUCAGGUUUCAAAGUAACUUCAGGCCAUAUGGACCUUUUGGAGAAGAUGAGACACCAAUAAAUGGGACGUUCUUUAGGACUCCAUGGAACAUUGGCAUGAUAAAUGGAUUUUAUGGAAGGAGUGGACGCCGUUUUCUUAACGCAAUUGGAGCACAUUUCGCACCAGUUUAUCAUAAACUUCCACUCAAGGCUAUUGGACCCUUUGGAGAUGACAGCAUGCAUCAAUGGGAAUGGGAUGAUGGGAAACAUACUGGAAUAAGACAGAUUAAUCUUCGACAGGGAAUGAUACUUGAUUCCAUCAAAUGCAUCUAUGACGAUAAUGGAAAUGUUGGGGAAGGUUCGAACCAUGGAGGAAAUGGUGGAAGUCCUAGGGAAAUUAAAUUUGAUUAUCCAGAUGAAUAUUUGAAGUCAAUAUCUGGACAUAUUGGACAGUUAGGGAGUCAUGUUUGCGUCAGAUCACUCACACUUGGAACCAACAGAAGGAAAAUUGGACCGUUCGGCAGCGAGGAUGGAACACCUUUUUCUUUUACAUCAAAUAACGGCAAAAUAGUUGGAUUUUCCGGAAGCAAUUCUGCUUAUCUUCAUUCAAUUGGCAUGCACGUCGAACUCUUCUCGGAUGACCAGCCUAUUGAGGAAAAUACUCCAGGGAGAAUUCGAGAAACAACCCCAAGACUUCAGGAAGGAAAUCGGGAGUCUCAUUUUGAGGAAAGUAACCAAGAGAAGAAUCUGGCAAUAAUUUCAUCCCGGAAUGGCUCCUCUGAUGAUUCCAAAAUGAGCAGCGGUGACAACACAUAAUGGAAAAAUUGGGCAACUAUCGUAAUUGAUUUCUUCCUUUCUUUGCUCUUUUGUUUCCAUCAGUAAUUGUAAUGUCAAGUUAGACAGUCUCUCAAUCUUCUAUUCAGCAAUCUGACUGAUUGGGUUUCAUUCAAUUAUAAAACAAAAUCAGGAGGACUUUUGAUUUUAUUCAAUUAUGUGCUGGUUUGAGCCAAAAUAAGCAUGAGGAUGGAGUCCAUGUA